UAAUUAAAAAAAAAAUCUAAGAAUUGAAGCUCAAAUUAGGAUUUAUCAUCUUUAGCAAAAUUUCAAAGUCUGAUGGCACGUUUGAACUGAUUACAUCAUCUCGCUAAAACAACUACUUCAAUGAUACUGUGUGAAUUCUUUCUGAAAGUAAGUCCCACUCAUCAUUGUUUAUGAGCUGGAAUAUUAUCAUCCUAUCUUUUGUACUGCGAUUUGGGGAAAACUGUUGGAACCUACCACCAGGCAGAGGAUACGAUGCAAAUGAGGAUUAUGGUGCAAAAAUAAGUUCACCAGAAAAUCGAUAAACUAGAUAUGAAGAUGACUGUGAAAUUUGAGCAAUGCUUUCACCAGCCUUAAUAAGACCACUCCAGGACUUGGAAUUGUCCGAUGCGGCUUCGUGUGGUUGGGGAAUUCACUUGGGGCGAAACAUAGUGGUAGUCUUGGAGACUUUGAAGGACACCUCGUGGUGGGAGAUCACAAUUUUGAUGGGAAUAGCGAAAACAGAGCAAAAACCUAGAAGUAACGUUGGAGCUGUUGAUAGGGGUUGGAGGUCGCGGAGGUGUCGACAAGAGGCUGGCGGCGACUUCGGCUAUGACCCAGCGAUGAGAACGAUAGAGGAGGUGGCAUUGGCGCCUGAGAGGCAGGCAUCGAAGGUGAAGGGGACGAUGAGUAUAUCGUUGAAUAUUCGGAAUAUGCAGAAGUUCCUGGGACUCCUCAUAUAGCGUAUUGCUGAGACUCCUCGUCUAGAGUAUGGCU